AUGAGAUACAUUUUAAUUUCUGCGCUAUCGGCUUUGGCCGCGGCGUCACCAACGUUUACAGCGACUGGCAACGACGUAGCCCCACUUAUAUCGUCAGGCUCAGCAGUUGUAGUCCCUGACAGAUACAUUGUUGUUUUCAAGAAGGAUGUCAAAGAUUCUUCUCAGCACUAUGAUUGGCUUCAAAGCAUUCAGCCGAACAGCAAGGAUCGCAUGGAGCUUCGAAAGCGCUCUGGCGACGUCUUUACCGGUCUCAAGCAUACAUAUGAGAUGUCUGGGUUCAUGGGAUACUCUGGUCAUUUCAGUGAAGAGACUGUCAAGUCAAUUCAGCGCCACUCUGAUAUUGACUACAUCGAACGCGACUCUGAACUCUACCUCGAUGAAAAUGACUCUGAAAUCAACAAUGAUCCAUGCGGCGAGCAUAUGAUCCAGAGGAAUGCUUCCUGGGGACUUGCUCGUAUCUCACAGCGUAAUGGUUUGAAGAGCGAAACAUGGAACAACCACCUAUACGCCGCCGAUGGUGGUGAGGGUGUUGACGUCUAUGUCAUAGAUACUGGUACUAACAUUGAGCAUGUGGACUUUGAGGGUCGGGCUACACGGUUCAAGCGAGUUCUAGAGAACGAGCCUGAGGAAGAUAUUCGUGGUCAUGGCACACACGUUUCUGGCACUCUUGUUGGCAAGAGACAUGGGGUUGCCAAGAAAGCAAAUCUCUAUUCCCUUAAUGUCUUUGGCAGUUCUAAAACAGUCCGCACAUCCGACACCAUCUUAGCUAUUCAAUACGCAGUCAAAGGACAUGAAUUAGCUGUUAAGAGCGGGAAGAAGGGCUUCAAGGGCAGCGUUGUCAAUAUGAGCUUAGGAGGUCCGGGUCCUGCUACCGCACAGAAACAAGCUAUCGAUAAUGCUGUGCGUGCUGGCCUCCACUUCGCCGUCUCUGCUGGCAACGACAAUAUCGACGCGUGUACUCGGCAUCCUGGCGGCUUCGACAAUGUCAUUACCGUUGGUGCAUCGAAUCUGCAAGACCAGCGUGCGUACUUCUCUAACCACGGCAAGUGUGUUGACAUUUUUGCCCCUGGAGAUCGGAUUCUAUCUACCUGGAUUGGCCAUAAGUACGCUACCAAUCUUAGGUCAGGAACUUCUAUGGCUACCCCCCAUGUCGCUGGUCUUCUUGCCUACAUGCUCUCUCUUCAGCCUGCCAAGAACUCUGCUUACUCUGGAGUUGAUAUCACACCUCAAAAGCUCAAGGCCAACUUACUCGCUAUUGGUACUGUUGACGCUCUUGGACCUCUCCCCAGCGAAACCAAGAAUAUCCUCUUAUGGAACGGAGGUGGCUGUUCUAACUUUGCUAAAAUUAUCGAACAUGGUGGCUACGUUGUCAAGAAA